AUGUCCCAAACCGUGUCCCAAACCUAUCUAUCGCCAGUGUCUCAGCCCGUUGCAUUGUUCGAUGAUUUCAUCGCAAGAGACCCACAGCAGAUCAUUCUCAAGGAGAAGAUCUUCUCGCUCUCCGGAGAUAGUUUUGACAUCAAGGUUGCAGAUGGAACACCGCUGCUAAAUGUGAAUGGUAACCGAUUUUCGUUCACUGGUCGAAAGAAAGUCGAGGACAUGAAUGGAAAACAUCUAUUUGACAUUCGAAAGGAACAUAUGCACUUGCAUACUACCUAUCUUAUGGAAGACCCUGCUGGAAACAAGAUCUGUGAGGUCAGAAGCAGCCACAAAUUCAUCGGGUCAAAAGCCACUGCCGUCUUUUAUGAUCAUUAUAAUAAGGAAACAACCCUGAUAAUGGAAGGAAACUGGAGCGACCACACUGCGACUAUCAUCAAUGAAGAGACUGGACAGUCCGUGGCUCGUAUCUCCAGAAAACGUUUCAACCCUCGUCACAUCAUUUUUGGCCAGGAUACUUACAGGGUUACUGUAGCGCCCGGUGUUGAUAUGGCUCUAAUUGCUGGCUUGUGUAUAUGUUUUGAUGAGAAGAACAACGAUUAG